UCUCUUUUUCCGUUGUGGUUGACCCAGUUGCGAAAUCCCCUUCGCACUUUGUCUUUUCUCUCCCUCUUAAGACUGCCAUACACUCGUUCACGGCGUCUUUACCUUCGUUUCCCCAAAGACACAACCCACCACCUAUUACCAUAAUGCGAUCCACCACCGUCUUCCUCACUGCCCUCGUGGCCCUGACCGAGGCUGCUAGCGUCCAGAAAUGUGCCGGUAGCUGUGUCAUCCAGGGCAUUCAGGCCUCGGGCUGCUCGUCCGUCGACAGCCACUGCAUCUGCGCCUCCGACGACUUCCACUCCACCGUCGCCGACUGUGUGCCCAAGGAGUGCCAGACCGACGACCAUGAGUGUAAGCACUGUCGAGCAAGGUCUGUUGAUGUUCCGUUGCUAACGUACCCACAGCUGCCCUGUCAUUCGCACAAGACUUCUGCAACAAGAUCGACCUGGUCAAGCGCGAGGCCCUCCCCGUUGUCAAGCGCGAGGCUGCGCCUGAGCCUGAGGCUGAAGCCGCUCCUCAAUGGAGCUACGGCGGUCAACAAGGAGGUGACGACCACAGCCAAGGCGGAUGGGGAUGGGGAGGAUGGGGAUGGGGCAACGGCGGCUGGGGCGACUGGUGGAACUGGUGGAAGAACCACCCUGAGCAGCACGGCAAGCCUCAGCACGGCCACCACAAGCACCACACCGUCGUCGUCGGCCCGACCAACACCGGCAAGCCCAACCACCACCACCCUCACCCCACACACAAGCCCGCACCCACCCACGUCUCACCGCACCCCAAGCCGACAGGCACUGUCAUCCCUCCGUGGGGACCUCCUGGCUACGGUGGCAACGGUGGUAACGGCGGUUGGGGUGGUCACGGAGGUCACGGCGGUGGAAGCCCCUCUGGCCCGACCAACAACAACGGCAACGGCCACGGCUGGGGCGGCUGGCCUGGCUGGGGUGGACAGCACGGCUGGGGCGGCGGUCACGGCGGCUGGAAGCAGUGAUUCACCUUGCUUGGGGAGUCGCGGAGUUGAGGAGAGCGCAAAUGAUACCCCUAACGGGACGCGGACGAUGUUACAUCUCUCACGUGUGGGAUUCAGAGCGGCGGCUCUUGGGUUUUCGUAUCCGUCUUCACUAUCUUUCAUUACGGCGCCAGACGGGUGGACAGUGUCAUUGCUUAAUCCCUUAUACGCAGCAGUCGCUCAAUGGAAACUCAAAUGUAUACAACUCUCACGAGCUCGCGCUCCCUCAAUCUCCUCCGUUGCUGCUCUCCGCCAAUGCUGCCAUGGGAAAAAACCGUGCAACGCCAGACUGGCUUCCCCGCUCGAGAGUAACGUAAUGCAUCCCCAAGAACACGAAGAGGCGUGCCGGGGAUCCAUCUAGACGCAGCCACUCGGGCUGUCACCAAAGGUCCAGAGGCCCACGAUGCUCGUAAUGGAGGAGGCGCCUUGGCCCGCCCGGCGCCCAACCAAGCAGACUGGACGGCUCAACGAAUCGUCGAUACUCCGGCCGAGAAGAGGAAAAUGACCAUCAACGCGUGCCGGGGUGGUACAGAGGGCCACGCCGCGGGCGGGACGUUGCAUGGGACUCGCGCGGUGCACUGGCAAAGGUCAGGGUCCCGCGCGGCAGCAAUAAGCACCAG